CCGCCUCCACCACCACCACCGCCUCCUCCUCCUCCUCCACCACCGCCUCCGCCAUGCAACAACCCACCACCACCUCCACCACCACCACCACCUCCACCUCCUCCUCCACCACCACCUCCACCUCCUCCUCCACCACCGCCUCCGCCAUGCAACAACCCACCACCACCUCCACCACCACCACCACCUCCACCUCCUCCUCCACCACCACCUCCACCACCACCUCCUCCACCACCGCCUCCUCCACCACCGCCACCACCACCACCACCACCUCCUCCUCCACCACCACCACCACCACCACCACCUCCUCCACCACCAUGCAAUAGCCCACUACAACAACGACGACAACAACUUGCGAACCUACAACGACGACGACAACUACAACCACAACAACAACAACAACAACAACAACUACAACCACGACGACGACAACAACAACUUGCGAGCCUACAACAACGACGACAACAACAACAACUACAACGACGACAACAACAACAACUACAACAACUACAACAACUACAACAACUACAACAACUACAACAACUACAACAACUACAACAACUACAACAACUACAACAACUACAACAACUACAACAACUUGCAAAACAACAACAACGACAACAACGACAACAACGACAACAACAACUACAACAACUACAACAACAACAACGACAACAACAACAACAACUUGCAAACCAACGACAACCACAACAACGACAACAACAACUACAACCACGACAACAACAACAACAACUACAACCACGACGACGACGACAACAACAACAACUUGCAAACCAACAACAACGACAACAACAACAACUUGCAAACCAACAACAACGACAACAACAACUACAACCACGACAACAACAACAACAACUACAACCACGACGACGACGACAACAACAACAACUUGCAAGCCAACAACAACGACAACAACAACAACUUGCAAACCAACAACAACGACAACCACAACAACGACAACAACAACUACAACCACGACAACAACAACAACAACAACAACUACAACCACGACGACGACGACAACAACAACAACUUGCAAACCAACAACAACGACAACAACAACAACUUGCAAACCAACAACAACGACAACCACAACAACGACAACAACAACUACAACCACGACAACAACAACAACAACUACAACCACGACGACGACGACAACAACAACAACUUGCAAACCAACAACAACGACAACAACAACAACUUGCAAACCAACAACAACGACAACAACAACAACUUGCAAAACAACGACAACAACAACUACAACCACGACAACAACAACAACAACUACAACCACGACGACGACGACAACAACAACAACUUGCAAGCCAACAACAACGACAACAACAACAACUUGCAAACCAACAACAACGACAACAACAACAACUUGCAAAACAACGACAACAACAACUACAACCACGACAACAACAACAACAACUACAACCACGACGACGACGACAACAACAACAACUUGCAAACCAACAACAACUACAACGACAACAACGACAACUUGUAAAACAACAACAACGACAACAACUUGCAAAACAACAACAACAACAACAACAACAACUUGCAAACCAACAACAACGACAACAACAACAACUUGCAAAACAACAACAACGACAACCACAACAACGACAACUUGUAAAACAACAACAACGACAACAACAACAACUUGCAAAACAACGACGACAACAACCACAACAACUACAACCACGACGACGACGACAACAACAACAACAACGACUUGCAAAACAACAACAACGACAACAACACCAAAAUCACCUUGCAAACCACGAACAACAACGACGACAACCACUUGCAAGCCCCAAACAACUACAACGACGACAACAACUUGCAAACCACGAACAACAACGACAACGACAACUACUCCUCCAUGCGAAACAACCACAACAACAUGCGCUCCUGCUGUAGUGCCAGUUACAGGAAAGCCAAAAAUAUCGUUGAAAGUCAAAUUAGCUGAGGUACUGGCUUCGCGGGCCGACUGCCUUGGUCUGGAAGAUGGCACAUUCUUUGUAGAUUCCAGACACUGUCGCCGUUUCUAUGUUUGCCGCAACAAUCGCGCCAGACGUCAAUCCUGCCCAUCCGGUCAGUGGUUCGAUCGUGAGACCAAGGCUUGUCGCCUCCGUGCCGAAGUUACCAACUGUCUCUCCAACCGCAACUAAGCGACCCAAGACCCAAUCCGAAUGAAUGAAUCGACCCCAGCUAUUCUACCAGGACUUUAACGAAAUGACUCCACGAAAUAUCCCUUUGUCCUUAAUAUACGCCACUGAUUUUUGUUAACCAUAAGUAGUAUACCAUAUAAAUUAAAUGCAGCAUUCAAAAAAUCUA